AUGGCCGCGGCCACGGCCAGGGCGGGCGCGGGGCUGCCGCCGCCGCCGCUGCGGCUUCUGCUUCUUCUCGUCCUCCCCGUCCCGCCCGCGGCCACCGCGCUGCGGCUGCUGCUUGGCGCCGCGCCGCCCUUCACCUGCUCCCAGCCGGAUUUAAAAUGCUUCGUAAGAAAUAGUACCUGCAUGGAGAUAAGUUGGCUGCGGGUUUCAGCGUGGACGCCUUCUGCUCCCAGUAGUCUUCAUGUUUCUUCUGACGUUUUCCGUCAGAUGGAUGGAAAAUUGCUCCCUGUGCUUCGGAUAGAAUGGAAAGUGGCCACUGAUGCUAGCAUCCAGUAUCUCGAGGGGGCAGAGCUGUCUGUGACGCAGGUGAGCAACAAUCAGCAGGUCUGCGCCAAGUUUGAUUUGCAGAACAACCUGACGUUUCAGGUCCGUCCGGAUGGAGGCCGGUGGAACUUCAGUUUUGACCGCUUUGAGGUGGAACCUGGCCAGACUUACCAAGUGACUGUCUACCACCUGCCCAAACUGGGUACAGAUGGUGACUACAACUGCAAGUCCAUGCCUUACACGAUGCCUGACUGUAAGGAUUCUCGGAUGAAAAGAACUGUUCCAUGUAUAAAUACAGGCAGUCUGUGGGAGCCCAAGAUCCAAGGUAGAAGUCUAGAUGAUGCGACUCUACUUGUGAGCUUUAACCCAUGGACGGAGUCUGCCCGAUACCAAAUCCAUGUGACCAGUUUCCUGAAUGAGAAGAAAUGUGAAGUGGUCACACAUGAUUUCACUGAGGAUGGACUGCAGCAGCAAGUAAACGUUACAAUCAAAAUACAGAAGAAAAUAAAAGCGUGUUGCAACUACAAAAUUCAGAUCCAGCCAUUCUUUGUGAACUGUGGCACAGACUGUAUGAGACAUUCUGCUUCCAUCCCGUGUUCACCGACUCCAAGUACAGAUCCAUCAGGUGAUAUGAUUAUAUGGUUAUAUUGGUGUAUCACUGGGAUCUGUGUGUUACUGGUGGGAUCAGUCAUAGGAGCUGUCAUUUGUAUGACCAAAAAACGAGCAGGACGCCAGCAAGGGAAAAGCAGCCGCAUUGGCUUGCAAACUGAGGUGCUAUCUCCAGACCUUCCUCUGCCAUCCUUGAAGCCUCGAAAGGUUUGGAUUGUGUACUCUGCUGAUCACCUGCUCUAUGUGGAUGUGGUGCUGAAGUUUGCAGAGUUUCUGAUGACAGUCUGUGGCACUGCUGUGGCCUUAGAUCUGCUGGAAGAUCAUCAGAUCUCAGAGCUGGGGGUAUUACCCUGGCUUACUCGACAGAAGAAGGAAAUGGAAAACCUCUCUUCAAAGAUUAUUAUCUUAUGUUCACGUGGCACUCAAGCCAAAUGGCAGGCCAUGCUUGGGAGUGAGCCUGUGUGUCUCAAGCAAGAUCAACAAAAGCCAACUGGAGACCUGUUCACUCCAGCCUUGAAUUUGAUCCUGCCUGAUUUCAAGAAGCCAGCCUGUUUUGGGAUGUAUAUAGUCUGCUAUUUUGAGGGGAUAAGUAGUGAGAAGGAUAUACCUGAACUCUUCAACGUCACUUCCAGGUACCAACUAAUGGACAAGUUUGAGGAUAUUUAUUUUCGGAUUCAGGACCUGGAGAAGUUUGAACCAGGACGUAUACAUCGAUUCCAGGAAAUCACAGCUGAAAAUUACAUCGAUACCCCUAGUGGAUGGAAGUUGAAAGAGGCAGUGCAAAAGUUCAAGGAGUGGCAGACAGAGCACCCAAAUUGGUUUGAGACUGAAAGCAUCUGCUUGGAGAAUGAUGAGGAGGUGCAGUCUCUAAACAGAGACAGUCAGGUGGAUUCAUUGCUAAGUGAGCAGGGUGGAAUUGUGAGACAUCAGCUGCACCUACAGGAGCCUGAUCCUAAUGGUUGUUAUGUUGUCAACCUCCACAUGCAUGAAGGUGAGAGCAGAGGAUGCAAACUGCAGCCUCAGCUGAAUCUGUCUGGGGAUGUGACUUCUCAGAUUACGGUCAUUCCUAUGGACGAGGCUCCUGUAGUUCAGGCAGUAGAGCUAGUCCCUCCCAUGGAAGACAAAAGUGUACUUCGUCAUCAUGUGCUGACUAAUGAGGACUGCAUGGAAGGAGUCCCUUUUCUGGAGACAAGUUUUCCAGUGAGGAAUAACAUCAUCCUCCAUAACAACUGUGAAGUUUCUGCAAUAGAUAAUAAUCCUGCAAACCUCUCAGGCAAACUGAAAGACCAGCUGAAUGGACUCAUGUACACUGUUUAUCAGCAGAGUGUCCUGCCUUCAGAACCUUCUUUCUGCCCAGAGGAAGCUGACAAGCAACACCAGUUACACCAGUUAGUCUUAAAUGACCAAUGCAAAGAGCAAAGACAGUCAAUGCAAUCAGACCAGGGAUACAUCUCCAGAUGUUCUCCUUUGCCUCCUGAUGACCUUGUGGAGGAAGAUGAGGAAGAAGAGGAGGAGGAACUAGAGAAACAGAUGCUCUUUCAUGAGCUCUCUCCAGAGGUCUUGAGUAGUCUAAAGAGCCUCCAGCAGCGCUUGUUUUUUCAGGACAUUCAACAGAGCUAUGACUGGAGGUAUCCAUCUGAGGUGAUGGACAUGGGCCAAUCUCUGGAGGACUGUUAGGCUCCAUUGGGGACAUGCUCUGUUUGAAAUAGAGAUGGAAAUUGGUAUCCUGCACAGUGCUGAAACUACACUUCAAACACGGUCCUUGCCGUUGUAUUACAAACAAUUUAUUGGUGGGAGCUUCCUGUCUGCUGUCAGGAGACAGGAUUGCCCUCUGGAUGACUAAUGUCAUUGCUUGCAAGCUCUGUAUUGGGGGGAGGGAACAAGAAUAUUAGCCAAAGGUAGUAAUUCUAUUCCUCUGGGAAACGUAUUACAUUGGAUCUUCACUGGCUGAUGGCAGAAAAGUCACUGUGGUUCAUCCAGCUGUGCCUUCAGAUUUCGCAGCAACUGUCCUUGAUCUAUUGCACUGGAUAGAAGUCAAGGUCAGAAAUCAGAAUGGAUUUAGAUAGCAUAGCGAACUUUAUAUUGCCAGUUUAAUGUCUUUUAAAAAAAUUCUUUUAAAUACUGUGUUAAAGACGUGUGUCUUAAACUUCAGCAAGGUUAGGGAUGUCCUUGCCUGGAUGGAUUCUCAUUUUUGCCAUUCAUUCUUUGAUACAUCUGCGUUUCUGUGGCCAUUCAGAAAUCAGGUGGAAGACCUGAGUAGUAGCAGGAAAAAACUUCUAAAUUAGGAGGCUGCUUUGUCUCCUUAAUAGCUCUCCAUAUCUCAUGUAGGAGUUUGGUGCUUCAAACCAGCAGUAGGGGCAAAAGGGAGUUGGGGAAAAAGGUAUGCUGAGCAGAAAACGGGAUUUGGGUUCAUUGUGCAAUAAAAAGAAGAACCUGGGUCUGAAUAGAGAGUUGCUGAAUCAGGGGAGUUUGGCAAAUUCUAUAACAUGUUGCUGUGAUGCUGUUUGCUUUUGGACAUCUUAGUACCCGGAAGACUUGAAGAUGUAGCUAGUGGCACAGUGAAGGAAAUGAAAGAUUAUUGUGGGAGGGAAGGGGGUGGAAUGUAGCUUGAACAGAUGCUAACUGUUGUGAAAUAUUUGCUAAUAAUAAACUGAGGGGUUGGUCUUCCAGGAGCAAUGAUGGAAACUAUGAGUUCCAAUGUUUAAAAAAUUGGGCUUGACACACUAGAAAGAAUAGUUCCCCGUAAGUGAUCGCACGUUGCCCCCUGUAGCAUUGCCACUCUAGUCAGAGCUGCCAUUCACCCUGUUUGUUAUCGUGGUUUCUGCAGUCCAGCAAGCUGGGAAGGCAGUUUGUGAGAUGUAAACACAUCUGUGCCUUUCUCCUGUGUGCUCAGACAAGCUUGUCAUCUUGUAAGUAAACUGUCCUGAGCUUACUUGUCCAAAAAUGUUAAGAGAAUUUUAUUUCAGCUUUUUUUAAAUGUUGUUAUUUCAGAAGAUAACCUACUCCAUCUGGAUUUUUUUUCA